AAAGUAGUGCAGUGCACCAACAUCUACUUGGUGAAAGAAAGAAAGAACGACGGACUACUGUUCAUCCUGGGCAUGGCACAACUUGUGAAAAGUCGAAAAUCUUUAUAAUUAUCAUUCCGCUAGUUAGUUUCUGCGAUACUCUUCCUAAUUUGCCAAAAAGUGAAACAAAUAAGUACAAUAACUAGUAAGCAACGAAAAUAUUCAGCCUGAAACUAUGCAAACUUUCGCAGUCUUCCUUGUUCAUGUGGUUGUACAAAUCGAAUCGGGUCGCGAAAUCCUUGACUUAGUUGUGUAGUGUGCUGAAUCCCCUACUCGGGAGGAAAAUCGCUAUCGUUUCUAAUGGACUACAGAGCGAGCUGGGACAAAACUGCCAACAAUAGCAAUAAUAAACAGGAAGAAAGAAGUGUAAUGAAUGAAGUGAUCUGCCAAAUAUGGAAAUAAAUGGCAUCGCCGGGGGCGUUAGGAAGGUGCAUGUGAGGAAAAUCGAUAUUUCCUCUCCGUUGCUACUGUCACCUUGGGAAUGAGAUAAGAGUGAAGUUAGCUUUGAGUGUUGUUUACCUGUAACUGUUCAAUUGAGCCAGCGGAUAAGUUGGCGUCAAAAUAAAGUGGGAUCCGUCCUCCCUCCACGUCCACAAGAAAGUCGAAUGCAGUCACGUUUUCCACCAUGCACAUGGAAACUCAUCAACGCAAGCCAUGAUGUGGGUUGUUUGUUUUCUGUACGCACACAGCUACAUGCAAACUGAACAGUGAAGGCCUGGCGCGUUGUGUCAAUGGAAGCGUGUUUGUGUGUUGCAUAGUGAAAGGCGCGGACAAAGGACAAUGUUUGGAAAAUAGAUAUGCACUAAAAGUCAAGUAAAAAAGAUCACAAGAAUGCAUUUUCUUCACUUUGAAUUCAGCACAAAAUAAUGCUUCCACUGAUACGUAAAAUGUACCCAUAAUGAGUGAUACUGCAUAAAUUAUUAUAACUUUAAAGUGCUCACUCGCCAUCCUACGUUUGGCCUCGGGACAUUGGCCCCAUUCUUUUUGACCGAAAAUGGAUUGUGGUAGUAAUGGUCUGCUUGGAAGGAUGAGGCACUGAAAAACAAGUGUUGUUUUGUGAGGGUAAAGGUAUCGUGAGCUGUACCGAGCGUCCGUAAAAAAAACAAAACAAAGAUGCAUUACCGCCAUGAAGAGGGAAGACACCUCGUUCGGAACGCCAGCUCCAGUGCUUCUGUAGAUGCCAAGUACGGCCAUUCGAUUGUAUGGCCCUUUCUGAUACAGAAUGCAAUGGAAAACCCUUUGUGUACUGCGACCACUCCGAUUAGUUCGACGCCUUCAGUGCUGCUGUGGACCACUAUAGCAGUGUUUGGGAUCGUGUACACUCUACUAGGUUAUCGAUGUCUACGAGCAAUUGGUUUCCUCACAGGGCUUGCGGCUGGCGCUGGGUGCAUCGUCCUGCUACAGACUAGAAACAUAACCGAGUUCGGAAAUCUGGCUGCUCCUGCGUUGGCAGUCGUAGCAGGUUUGGUAGGUGCUAUCCUGGGAUCAACGCAUCCGAUUUCGUCCACCCUGAUCGGAGCCUCAGCCGGAGCGUUGGUAGCCGGUGCGAUCAUUGCAGCCUGUAUUGCCACAUUACCUCAUUACAUCUUUGGUGAAAAUGAGUUGUUCGUUUCAGUCGUUGGUGGAGCAAUCAUUUGUGCAAUCAUCUCACUAUUCUCUCCAAAAUUGAUGUCAAUAAUCGCUUCCAGUAUACUGGGAUCAGCAAUGAUCCUGUGUUCUAUCGAUUUUUUCAUGCAUGGACUCAACACAUUAGACUGGAUUUCCAACAUAAAACCUGAUCCCACUCCACCACCCUGUUGGGGCGGAGUCAUUCUCUGUUGCUGGCCUAUUACAUCAGUGCUAGGAGUGCUUGUACAGAGUUUCGUCACGGCUUGGAAAAUCGAUCACCGAAGACAGAUGAUGCAGCGAAGGCGACGUCACUACAAGGGCCGGCAGGGCUCGCGAACUCGGGAAACGCGGGAAGAAGCUCGUCAGCGGAAGUAUCGUUAUCUAUAUCAAGUUCGGACCGCUCGAGGAGAUAUCAUUUCACAAAACUUUGUAUCCGCCCUACAGAAGCACGUAACUCCGGACUCCGGCCCUCCAUCGGAAGUAUCCACUAAAUUGGGAUCCAACGACCGUAAUACGGUUCGCAGUGAUCGGACGCACAUGACGAAUCUGCCGGAUUCCGACAUUGACAAACGGGACUUGAGUUACGAGAAACGUUCACAUUCGGCCAAAUAGCACUACUAUCCCAACAAGCACAACAACGGCUAUCAGCAGAAGCAUGAGCGCACUUGUUACUAGUACAGAAGCCAAGAUUAGAGAACCCUAUUAAAAUAGGUAAACGUGUGGAGUAAGGUUUAGGAUUGUACAGAUCGGACAAAAAUAAAGAUGUUUUUAUACGGAAAACAGCCGAAAAGAGAGAUAGAUUAUCCAGUAACGUUCUAGGGACGGAAAUAUUGAGUGCUGGAACAAAAGCACUGCAGCUCUGAAUGCACAGCAUUUAAGGAUAUAAAGGAACGAUUUUAAACAUACACUGUAUCAAAAUGAAAAUACAAAUACUAACUCAAUAACUGAAUCAAAUUCAACGCUACAUAAAGAUACUUAAGAUAUAAACGCUACACUUAUUUCGGACUAUCUGAAGUAAAACUUUAAUCAUCAACCUCGGUUACAUCUAAAGCUAAGGGCAUUGCAGUUACCAGAGAAUGAGCUACCAAAGCAUGGGGUGGAUACAGUGGGAAUGUGACAAAUGUGAUUUUUUUUCUCGGAGUAAAACUUAAAACCAACUGCUAAAAGAUGCAUUUACAAACACAGAGUCAAGCCAUAGUUCAAAAAUGUUAUUUUUAAUUAAGGAACAAAAAUAAAACAAAAUAGAAACAAGAAACAUAUAAACUAAAUUGUUACUUUGAAAGUUGUAAUUUGUAAUUUGAAAUAGACAAGUCGUAAAAGAAGGACAUGCUAGUUUUGGAAAGUUCAUGAUUCAAGACGGAACACAAUAAGCCAUAUUGUGUAAAAUGGUGGGACUCCGAGUAGUGAUGGAAGUAGGAUUAUAUUCCAAACAAGAAAGAUAAAACAAUUAAAAUCGAUGUUCUAGGUUUAUGAAAAGCUCAAAAUAUAUAAGGCAUAUUUUGGAAUUA